AUGGACCCUCCUGCUAGCCCACCGACCUUCGAAUUCCGCGUACCCGCCCCCGUCACGCCCCGUCUUAAGCGACGGUCCAUACACACCCCGUAUCCGCAACAGUACAGCAUUCCACCGUCGCCAGCGUCCUCCUCGUCGUCGGCAUUUACAAAUCCCGUCUCGUCACCGACUAGUCCCAUGAAGCCGACCUCGUCCCUGGCCCGCCGCCGUCGCAGCCUCAUCAUGGCGUCACCCGCAGUACGUGACGAAGACGAGGUGAUGUCUCAGGCUGCCGCGAUCGUCGCCGAGCCCGACCACAACGACACGACGGAGACGUUCGACAGCAUUGCCCAGGCGAUGACACUCCUCUCGCUGCAUCCCGUCGUGGCAACCGACGCGCACUGGCCCGAUCCAGAAGAGCUGCUGAAGGAAUCGCUGCGGCAGUCGCUUGCCGCCCUGCGUGCCCUGCGCGAGGCAAAGUCGGUGAUUAGGAAUAUCGACGGCCGGCGGGCAAGCGAGAGCGACGGGGCCGAGCCCCCGCCAGACUUGGAGCCGGGACGGAAUGUGUUUGAAGUCGAGGCUCUGUUCGAGAGCGUGGUGGGGGAUCUGAAGAGUGCGAAGGAGGCGAUUGGUUGGGCGGAGCAGCAGAUGGAGAUGGAGAAGGGCGUGCUGAGGGAGAGACUAUUGAAGGGGUGAGCGAGAUGGCUGCGUAGUCGGAACGGAACACAAAGAAGUUGGCCAGUCUCGGACACCCGGGCUGGCAUGCGCGGCACUCUUACUACACUCCCGGGUGUCUUUGCAACUGGGCUGCAUCAUAGAGGCGCCGACUCGACGCGCGCGAGGUGCGCGUAGCCGUUGAUUGCAGAGCGAUGGCCCGGGCCGAUUCGACGGUUAGAACGAUAGAUACACGAAAUACAGACUGUAGAGGAUGUUGGAAUCUAGGUUUUGGGGCAUGCAAGGAUCAUCAUCAUUUCCGUGUAAGGAAGAGAGUGAGAUGGAG